AUGGUGUUUUCGAGCUACAUUUCAUGGGACGAUUUGAAAGUAGAAGGUGAGAACCUUCAACCCCAAAACGCAACCGACACGAAGCGCGUCAUCGUCGUCGACCAAACAGGAAAAGGCGAUUGCUUAACCGUGCAAGCCGCAGUUGAUUUGGUGCCCCAUCACAAUCCCCAUAGGCUCAAAAUAUACAUCCUUCCUGGCCUCUACAGAGAAAAGGUUAAUGUUCCUGCUUCGAAGCCUUAUGUCUCAUUCAUUGGAGACCCGGAGAGGGCAGAGGCAACGGUGAUCGCGUGGCACAAUCGAGCUUCGGAUUUGGAUGAGAACGGUGAUGAGAUCGGGACGUUUCGAUCAGCCUCUGUCACCGUAGAAGCGGACUACUUUUGCGGUGUUGGGAUCACUUUUCAGAACACAGUGCAGUUUAGUGCAGGGGCACGGGGGAAUCAAGCGGUCGCGCUGAGGAUAUCGGGCGAUCACUCUGUGUUGUACAAGUCAAGAUUUUUGGGGUCACAGGAUACGCUUUUGGACGAGAGUGGGACGCAUUUUUUCUACAAGUGUUUGGUGCAAGGUUCAAUUGAUUUUAUAUUUGGAAGCGCGAGAUCACUGUACAUGGAAUGCACCAUCUCAGUGAUCGGUGAGUCAUUUGCUAUAGCAGCGCAGCGUAGAGACACUGCCAACGACGAUGGAGUGUUUUCGUUUGUGAAUUGUACGAUACAUGGGGGUGGAGGCGGAGGAGGUGUGUUCUUGGGGAGAGCGUGGGGGGAUUAUUCGAGAGUAGUGUAUUCGUACAGUGAGCUUGACAUAGACGUGAAACCGCAGGGGUGGGACGACUGGGGAAAGCCAUCAAGACAAAAGACCGUGUUGUUUGGAGAGUACAAGUGUCGAGGGAAGGGAGCGGAUAGGCGCGGGAGAGCAGCAUGGUCGAAAGCGCUAACGCACCACGAAGCACAACCUUACCUUGAUUUAACAUUCAUUGCUGCCAACCAGUGGCUAAGAUUGUAA